CUUUCCAUCACCCCGCCCCAUUCUCCCGCUUUCCAUCACCUCGCCCCAUCUCCCCGCUUUCCAUCACCCCGCCCCAUUCUCCCUCUUUCCAUCACCCCGCCCCAUUCUCCUGCAUUCUAUCACUCUACCCCCAUUCUCCAUCCUCCAUCACCCCCGCCCCAUUCUCCUGCUUUCCAUCAACUCACCUGGCUGGUGGGGUGCUGGGAGCAACUCACCUGGCUGGUGGGGGUGCUGGAGCAACUCACCAGGCUGGUGGGGUUGCUGGAGCAACUCGUCUGGCUGGUGGGGGUGCUGGGAGCGACUCACCUGGCUGGUGGGGGUGCUGGGAGCAACUCACCUGGCUGGUGGGGGUGCCUGGAGCAACUCGCUCUGGCUGGUGGGGGUGCUGGGAGCAACUCGCCUGGCUGGUGGGGGUGCUGGGAGCAACUCGCCUAACUGGUGGGGGUGCUGGAAGCAGCUCGCCUGGCUGGUGGGGAUGCUGGGAGCAACUCGCCUUGCUGGUGGGGUUGCUGGGAGCAACUUGCCUGCUGGCUGGUGGGGGUGCAGGGAGCAACUCGCCUGGCUGGUGGGGGUGCUAGGAGCAACUCGUCUGGCUGGUGGGGUUGCUGGGAGCAACUCGCCUGGCUGGUGGGGGUGCUGGGAGCAACUCGCCUGGCUGGUGGGGGUGCUGGGAGCAACUCACCUGGCUGGUGGGGUGCUGGGAGCAACUCACCUGGCUGGUGGGGGUGCUGGGAGCAACUCACCUGGCUGGUGGGGUGCUGGGAGCAACUCGCCUGGCUGGUGGGGGUGCUGGGAGCAACUCGCCUGGCUGGUGGGGUUGCUGGGAGCAACUCGCCUGGCUGGUGGGGGUGCUGGGAGCAACUCGCCUGGCUGGUGGGGGUGCUGGGAGCAACUCGCCUGGCUGGUGGGGGUGCUGGGAGCAACUCACCUGGCUGGUGGGGUUGCUGGGAGCAACUCACCUGGCUGGUGGGGUGCUGGGAGCAACUCACCUGGCUGGUGGGGGUGCUGGGAGCAACUCACCUGGCUGGUGGGGGUGCUGGAGCAACUCGCCUGGCUGGUGGGGGUGUGCUGGGAGCAACUCACCUGGCUGGUGGGGGUGCUGGGAGCAACUCGCCUGGCUGGUGGGGGUGCUGGGAGCAACUCACCUGGCUGGUGGGGGUGCUGGGAGCAACUCACCUGGCUGGUGGGGGUGCUGGGAGCAACUCGCCUGGCUGGUGGGGUGCUGGGAGCAACUCGCCUGGCUGGUGGGGUGCUGGGAGCAACUCACCUGGCUUGUGGGGGUGCUGGGAGCAACUCACCUGGCUGGUGGGGGUGCUGGGAGCAACUCUCGCCUGGCUGGUGGGGGUGCUGGGAGCAACUCGCCUGGCUGUGUGGGUGCUGGGAGCAACUCGCCUGGCUGGUGGGGGUGCUGGGAGCAACUCACCUGGCUGGUGGGGGUGCUGGGAGCAACUCACCUGGCUGGUUGGGGUGCUGGGAGCAACUCACCUGGCUGGUGGGGUGCUGGGAGCAACUCACCUGGCUGGUGGGGGUGCUGGGAGCAACUGCCUGGCUGGUGGGGGUGCUGGGAGCAACUCACCUGGCUGGUGGGUUGCUGGGAGCAAUCACCUGGCUGGUGGGGGUGCUGGGAGCAACUCACCUGGCUGGUGGGGUGCUGGGAGCAACUCACCUGGCUGGUGGGGUGCUGGGAGCAACUCACCUGGCUGGUGGGGAGCAACUCACCUGGCUGGUGGGGGUGCUGGGAGCAACUCACCUGGCUGGUGGGGGUGCUGGGAGCAACUCACCUAGCAACUGGCUGGUGGGGGUGCUGGGAGCAACUCACCUGGCUGGUGGGGGUGCUGGGAGCAACUCACCCGGCUGGUGGGGGUGCUGGGAGCAACUCACCUGGCUGGUGGGGGUGCUGGGAGCAAGUCACCUGGCUGUGGGGGUGCUAGGAGCAACUCGCCUGGCUGGUGGGGUGCUGGGAGCAACUUUCCCCGGCUGGUGGGGGUGCUGGGAGCAACUCUCCUGGCUGGUGGGGGUGCUGGGAGCAACUCGCCUGGCUGGUGGUGCUGGGAGCAACUCACCUGGCUGGUGGGGGUGCUGGGAGCAACUCACCUGGCUGGUGGGGGUGCUAGGAGCAACUCGCCUGGCUGGUGGGGUGCUGGGAGCAACUCGCCUGGCUGGUGGGGGUGCUGGGAGCAACUCGCCUGGCUGGUGGGGGUGCUGGGAGCAACUCGCCUGGCUGGUGGGGGUGCUGGGAGCAACUCGCCUGGCUGGUGGGGGUGCUGGGAGCAACUCGCCUGGCUGGUGGGGGUGCUGGGAGCAACUCGCCUGGCUGGUGGGGUGCUGGGAGCAACUCACCUGGCUGGUGGGGGUGCUGGGAGCAACUCACCUGGCUGGUGGGGUGCUGGGAGCAACUCACCUGGCUGGUGGGGGUGCUGGGAGCAACUCACCUGGCUGGUGGGGGUGCUGGGAGCAACUCGCCUGGCUGGUAGGGGUGCUGGGAGCAACUCACAUGGCUGGUGGGGGUGCUGGGAGCAACUCACCUGGCUGGUGGGGGUGCUGGGAGCAACUCACCUGGCUGGUGGGGGUGCUGGGAGCAACUCACCUGGCUGGUGGGGGUGCUGGGAGCAACUCACCUGGCUGGUGGGGUUGCUGGGAGCAACUCACCUGGCUGGUGGGGGUGCUGGGAGCAACUCACCUGGCUGGUGGGGGUGCUAGGAGCAACUCACCUGGCUGUUGGGGGUGCUGGGAGCAACUCACCUGGCUGGUGGGGUUGCUGGGAGCAACUCACCUAGCAACUCACGUGGCUGGUGGGGGUGCUGGGAGCAACUCACCUGGCCGGUGGGGGUGCUGGGAGCAACUCACCUGGCUGCAACUCGCCUGGCUGGUGGGGGUGCUGGGAGCAACUCGCCUGGCUGGUGGGGGUGCUGGGAGCAACUCGCCUGGCUGGUGGGGGUGCUGGGAGCAACUCGCCUGGCUGGUGGGGGUGCUGGGAGCAACUCGCCUGGCUGGUGGGGUGCUGGGAGCAACUCGCCUGGCUGGUGGGGGUGUGGGAGCAACUCGCCAGGCUUGUGGGGGUGCUGGGAGCAACUCGCCUGGCUGGUGGGGGUGCUGGGAGCAACUCGCCUGGCUGGUGGGGGUGCUGGGAGCAACUCGCCUGGCUGGUGGGGGUGCUGGGAGCAACUCGCCUGGCUGGUGGGGGUGCUGGGAGCAACUCGCCUGGCUGGUGGGGGUGCUGGGAGCAACUCGCCUGGCUGGUGGGGGUGCUGGAGCAACUCGCCUGGCUGGUGGGGGUGCUUGGAGCAACUCGCCUGGCUGGUGGGGGUGCUGGGAGCAACUCGCCUGGCUGGUGGGGGUGCUGGGAGCAACUCGCCUGGCUGGUGGGGGUGCUGGGAGCAACUCGCCUGGCUGGUGGGGUGCUGGGAGCAACUCGCCUGGCUGGUGGGGGUGCUGGGAGCAACUCACCUGGCUGUGGGGGGUGCUGGGAGCAACUCGCCUGGCUGGUGGGGGUGCUGGGAGCAACUCGCCUGGCUGGUGGGGGUGCUGGGAGCAACUCGCCUGGCUGGUGGGGUGCUGGGAGCAACUCGCCUGGCUGGUGGGGGUGCUGGGAGCAACUCGCCUGGCUGGUGGGGGUGCUGGGAGCAACUCGCCUGGCUGGUGGGGGUGCUGGGAGCAACUCGCCUGGCUGGUGGGGGUGCUGGGAGCAACUCGCCUGGCUGGUGGGGGUGCUGGGAGCAACUCGCCUGGCUGGUGGGGGUGCUGGGAGCAACUCGCCUGGCUGGUGGGGGUGCUGGGAGCAACUCGCCUGGCUGGUGGGGGUGCUGGGAGCAACUCGCCUGGCUGGUGGGGGUGCUGGGAGCAACUCGCCUGGCUGGUGGGGUGCUGGGAGCAACUCGCCUGGCUGGUGGGGGUGCUGGGAGCAACUCGCCUGGCUGGUGGGGGUGCUGGGAGCAACUCGCCUGGCUGGUGGGGUGCUGGGAGCAACUCGCCUGGCUGGUGGGGGUGCUGGGAGCAACUCACCUGGCUGGUGGGGGUGCUGGGAGCAACUCACUUGGCUGGUGGGGGUGCUAGGAGCAACUCACCUGGCUGGUGGGGGUGCUGGGAGCAACUCACCUGGCUGGUGGGGGUGCUGGGAGCAACUCACCUGGCUGGUGGGGUGCUGGGAGCAACUCACCUAGCAACUCACCUGGCUGGUGGGGGUGCUGGGAGCAACUCCCUAGCAACUCACCUGGCUGGUGGGGGUGCUGGGAGCAACUCACCUGGCUGGUGGGGGUGCUGGGAGCAACUCACCUGGCUGGUGGGGGUGCUGGGAGCAACUAACCUGGCUGUGGGGGUGCUGGGAGCAACUCGCCUGGCUGGUGGGGUGCUGGGAGCAACUCGCCUGGCUGGUGGGGGUGCUGGGAGCAACUCGCCUGGCUGGUGGGGGUGCUGGGAGCAACUCGCCUGGCUGGUGGGGGUGCUGGGAGCAACUCGCCUGGCUGGUGGGGGUGCUGGGAGCAACUCGCCUGGCUGGUGGGGGUGCUGGGAGCAACUCGCCUGGCUGGUGGGGGUGCUGGGAGCAACUCGCCUGGCUGGUGGGGUGCUGGGAGCAACUCGCCUGGCUGGUGGGGGUGCUGGGAGCAACUCGCCUGGCUGGUGGGGGUGCUGGGAGCAACUCGCCUGGCUGGUGGGGGUGCUGGGAGCAACUCGCCUGGCUGGUGGGGGUGCUGGGAGCAACUCACCUGGCUGGUGGGGUGCUGGGAGCAACUCACCUGGCUGGUGGGGUGCUGGGAGCAACUCACCUGGCUGGUGGGGGUGCUGGGAGCAACUCACCUGGCUGCAACUCACCUGGCUGGUGGGGGUGCCUGGAGCAACUCACCUGGCUGGUUGGGGUGCUGGGAGCAACUCGCCUGGCUGGUGGGGGUGCUGGGAGCAACUAACCUGGCUGUGGGGGUGCUGGGAGCAACUCGCCUGGCUGGUGGGGGUGCUGGGAGCAACUCGCCUGGCUGGUGGGGGUGCUGGGAGCAACUCGCCUGGCUGGUGGGGGUGCUGGGAGCAACUCGCCUGGCUGGUGGGGGUGCUGGGAGCAACUCGCCUGGCUGGUGGGGGUGCUGGGAGCAACUCGCCUGGCUGGUGGGGGUGCUGGGAGCAACUCGCCUGGCUGGUGGGGGUGCUGGGAGCAACUCGCCUGGCUGGUGGGGGUGCUGGGAGCAACUCGCCUGGCUGGUGGGGGUGCUGGGAGCAACUCACCUGGCUGGUGGGGGUGCUGGGAGCAACUCGCCUGGCUGGUGGGGGUGCUGGGAGCAACUCACCUGGCUGGUGGGGUGCUGGAGCAACUCACCUGGCUGGUGGGGGUGCUGGGAGCAACUCACCUGGCUGGUGGGGGUGCUGGGAGCAACUCGCCUGGCUGGUGGGGGUGCUGGGAGCAACUCACCUGGCUGGUGGGGUGCUGGGAGCAACUCACCUGGCUGGUGGGGGUGCUGGGAGCAACUCACCUGGCUGGUGGGGGUGCUGGGAGCAACUCACCUGGCUGUUGGGGGUGCUGGGAGCAACUCACCUGGCUGGUGGGGGUGCUGGGAGCAACUCGCCUGGCUGGUGGGGGUGCUGGGAGCAACUCGCCUGGCUGGUGGGGGUGCUGGGAGCAACUCGCCUGGCUGGUGGGGGUGCUGGGAGCAACUCACCUGGCUGGUGGGGGUGCUGGGAGCAACUCACCUGGCUGGUGGGGGUGCUGGGAGCAACUCACUGGCUGGUGGGGGUGCUGGGAGCAACUCACCUGGCUGGUGGGGGUGCUGGGAGCAACUCACCUGGCUGGUGGGGUGCUGGGAGCAACUCACCUGGCUGGUGGGGGUGCUGGGAGCAACUCACCUGGCUGGUGGGGGUGCUGGGAGCAACUCACCUGGCUGGUGGGGGUGCUGGGAGCAACUCACCUGGCUGGUGGGGGUGCUGGGAGCAACUCGCCUGGCUGGUGGGGGUGCUGGGAGCAACUCACCUGGCUGGUGGUGGGGUGCUGGAGAGCAACUCGCCUGGCUGGUGGGGGUGCUGGGAGCAACUCGCCUGGCUGGUGGGGGUGCUGAGAGCAACUCGCCUGGCUGGUGGGGGUGCUGGGAGCAACUCGCCUGGCUGGUGGGGGUGCUGGCUGGGGGGGGUGCUGGGAGCAACUCGCCUGGCUGGUGGGGGUGCUGGGAGCAACUCACCUGGCUGGUGGGGGUGCUGGGAGCAACUCACCUGGCUGGUGGGGGUGCUGGGAGCAACUCGCCUGGCUGGUGGGGGUGCUGGGAGCAACUCGCCUGGCUGGUGGGGGUGCUGGGAGCAACUCGCCUGGCUGGUGGGGGUGCUGGGAGCAACUCGCCUGGCUGGUGGGGGUGCUGGGAGCAACUCGCCUGGCUGGUGGGGGUGCUGGGAGCAACUCACCUGGCUGGUGGGGUGCUGGGAGCAACUCGCCUGGCUGGUGGGGGUGCUGGGAGCAACUCGCCUGGCUGGUGGGGGUGCUGGGAGCAACUCGCCUGGCUGGUGGGGGUGCUGGGAGCAACUCGCCUGGCUGGUGGGGGUGCUGGGAGCAACUCACCUGGCUGGUGGGGUUGCUGGGAGCAACUCGCCUGGCUGGUGGGGGUGCUGGGAGCAACUCACCUGGCUGGUGGGGGUGCUGGGAGCAACUCGCCUGGCUGGUGGGGGUGCUGGGAGCAACUCGCCUGGCUGGUGGGGUGCUGGGAGCAACUCGCCUGGCUGGUGGGGGUGCUGGGAGCAACUCGCCUGGCUGGUGGGGGUGCUGGGAGCAACUCACCUGGCUGGUGGGGGUGCUGGGAGCAACUCACCUGGCUGGUGGGGGUGCUGGGAGCAACUCGCCUGGCUGGUGGGGGUGCUGGGAGCAACUCACCUGGCUGGUGGGGGUGCUGGGAGCAACUCACCUGGCUGGUGGGGGUGCUGGGAGCAACUCACCUGGCUGGUGGGGGUGCUAGGAGCAACUCACCUGGCUGGUGGGGGUGCUGGGAGCAACUCACCUGGCUGGUGGGGGUGCUUGGCUGAUGGGGGUGCCGGGAGCAACUCACCUGGCUGGUGGGGGUGCUGGGAGCAACUCACUUGGCUGGUGGGGGUGCUGGGAGCAACUCACCUGGCUGGUGGGAGUGCUGGGAGCAACUCGCCUGGCUGGUGGGGGUGCUGGGAGCAACUCGCCUGGCUGGUUGGGGUGCUGGGAGCAACUCGCCUGGCUGGUGGGGGUGCUGGGAGCAACUCGCCUGGCUGGUGGGGGUGCUGGGAGCAACUCACCUGGCUGGUGGGGGUGCUGGGAGCAACUCACCUGGCUGGUGGGGUGCUGGGAGCAACUCGCCUGGCUGGUGGGGGUGCUGGGAGCAACUCACCUGGCUGGUGGGGGUGCUGGGAGCAACUCACCUGGCUGGUGGGGGUGCUGGGAGCAACUCACCUGGCUGGUGGGGGUGCUGGGAGCAACUCACCUGGCUGGUGGGGGUGCUGGGAGCAACUCACCUGGCUGGUGGGGGUGCUGGAAGCAACUCACCUGGCUGGUGGGGGUGCUUGGCUGAUGGGGGUGCUGGGAGCAACUCACCUGGCUGGUGGGGGUGCUGGGAGCAACUCGCCUGGCGGUUGGGGGUGCUUGGAGCAACUCGCCUGGCUGGUGGGGGUGCUGGGAGCAACUCGCCUGGCUGGUGGGGGUGCUGGGAGCAACUCGCCUGGCUGGUGGGAAUGCUGGGAGCAACUCACCUGGCUGGUGGGGGUGCUGGGAGCAACUCACCUGGCUGGUGGGGGUGCUGGGAGCAACUCGCCUGGCUGGUGGGGGUGCUGGGAGCAACUCACCUGGCUGGUGGGGGUGCUGGGAGCAACUCGCCUGGCUGGUGGGGGUGCUGGGAGCAACUCGCCUGGCUGGUGGGGGUGCUGGGAGCAACUCGCCUGGCUGGUGGGGUUGCUGGGAGCAACUCGCCUGGCUGGUGGGGGUGCUGGGAGCAACUCGCCUGGCUGGUGGGGGUGCUGGGAGCAACUCGCCUGGCUGGUGGGGGUGCUGGGAGCAACUCACUGGCUGGUGGGGGUGCUGGGAGCAACUCGCCUGGCUGGUGGGGGUGCUGGGAGCAACUCACCUGGCUGUGGGGGUGCUGGGAGCAACUCGCCUGGCUGGUGGGGGUGCUGGGAGCAACUCGCCUGGCUGGUGGGGGUGCUGGGAGCAACUUGCCUGGCUGGUGGGGGUGCUGGGAGCAACUCAUCUGGCUGGUGGGGGUGCUGGGAGCAACUCACCUGGCUGGUGGGGGUGCUGGGAGCAACUCGCCUGGCUGGUGGGGUUGCUGGGAGCAACUCGCCUGGCUGGUGGGGGUGCUGGGAGCAACUCGCCUGGCUGGUGGGGGUGCUGGGAGCAACUCGCCUGGCUGGUGGGGGUGCUGGGAGCAACUCACUUGGCUGGUGGGGGUGCUGGGAGCAACUCGCCUGGCUGGUGGGGGUGCUGGGAGCAACUCGCCUGGCUGGUGGGGGUGCUGGGAGCAACUCGCCUGGCUGGUGGGGGUGCUGGGAGCAACUCGCCUGGCUGGUGGGGGUGCUGGGAGCAACUCACCUGGCUGGUGGGGGUGCUGGGAGCAACUCACCUGGCUGGUGGGGUGCUGGGAGCAACUCUCGCCUGGCUGGUGGGGGUGCUGGGAGCAACUCACCUGGCUGGUGGGGGUGCUGGGAGCAACUCACCUGGCUGGUGGGGGUGCUGGGAGCAACUCGCCUGGCUGGUGGGGGUGCUGGGAGCAACUUGCCUGGCUGGUGGGGGUGCUGGGAGCAACUCGCCUGGCUGGUGGGGGUGCUGGGAGCAACUUGCCUGGCUGGUGGGGGUGCUGGGAGCAACUCACCUGGCUGGUGGGGGUGCUGGGAGCAACUCGCCUGGCUGGUGGGGGUGCUGGGAGCAACUCACCUGGCUGGUGGGGGUGCUGGGAGCAACUCGCCUGGCUGGUGGGGGUGCUGGGAGCAACUCGCCUGGCUGGUGGGGGUGUUGGGAGCAACUCGCCUGGCUGGUGGGGGUGCUGGGAGCAACUCGUCUGGCUGGUGGGGGUGCUGGGAGCAACUCACCUGGCUGGUGGGGGUGCUGGGAGCAACUCGCCUGGCUGGUGGGGGUGCUGGGCAACUCGCCUGGCUGGUGGGGGUGCUGGGAGCAACUCGCCUGGCUGGUGGGGGUGCUGGGAGCAACUCACCUGGCUGGUGGGGGUGCUGGGAGCAACUCGCUGGCUGGUGGGGGUGCUGGGAGCAACUCGCCUGGCUGGUGGGGGUGCUGGGAGCAACUCACCUGGCUGGUGGGGGUGCUGGGAGCAACUCGCCUGGCUGGUGGGGGUGCUGGGAGCAACUCACUUGGCUGUGGGGGUGCUGA